AUGGCUAAUACAGAUGUUAUUAUUCGUCAUGAACAUCUUCUAUCUGGUUUAAUUGAUAAAGCACAUUGUGGUUCAACACUUGCAUCUCUUCUUCAUUGUUAUUAUCAAUUAUAUGGAAAACGUUAUGUUCUUUUACUUUCACUUGAUGUAUCACAUCGACGUCGAUUAAUAAAUCAAUGUCGUGCUCAAGCAGGUCAAAAAGCUUUACAAAAAACAUUUUCUCUUCCAGAAAAUUCUAAUGAACAAAUACUUAUUAAUCAAUUUGCUAAAGGAUUUUGUUCAAAAUCAUUUGAUGAACGUAUAUCAAAAGAAAUCGAUAUAAAUUAUAAAAUAUCUAUUGAUGAACAUCAAAAUCAAAUUGUUAAACAAUCUAUGUCAAAUUUAUUUAAACAAUUUUCAGAAAAUAAGUUUACAAUUUUUAAUUCAAUCCGGUGCUAA